AUGGAUGAGAGAGGGUCAUGUGCUCACUUCCCUCCGUUCGUCUGCUUCUAUCUCCUCCACUGGAGAGAACGGCCCCUCAUUUUUGAACACCUUCUGCCGCAACCAUUUCAGUGUAAUCCAGUCCAGAAGAGUAGUAGUAAUUCCUGCAAGCAUAAAGACUUCAGAUCAAUAACAGCGCUUUCACCCGGAGAAUACAGCAGAAAGCUAGAGGUUUAA